AUGCCUGCAGAAGUGACAAUUCAAGACGACGGUCCGCCCAAAUCGAGAAAUAAUCUCUCCUUUUUCCUCAACAAACCCCACGAAGUCAAAUUCGCCCAGCGGCCGAUACCCCAGCUCUCAUCACCCAACGAUGUCCUUGUUGCCGUAAACUACACGGGCAUCUGCGGCUCAGAUGUGCAUUACUGGGACCACGGAAGAAUCGGCCAAUUUGUUGUGCAAGAACCUAUGGUCCUGGGCCAUGAAUCUGCCGGAACCGUCGUCGAGGUCGGCAAUGCCGUGAAGAGCCUUAAGCCAGGCGAUAGAGUUGCUCUUGAGCCCGGAUACCCUUGUCGGCGUUGUGGCAACUGUUUGGCGGGUCGAUACAACCUCUGUUGCGAUAUGGUCUUUGCGGCUACGCCUCCCUACCAUGGAACUCUGACAGGCUUUUGGGUCGCGCCAUACGAUUUCUGUUAUAAACUGCCCCAGACUGUUUCUCUACAAGAGGGAGCCUUGAUCGAACCGCUUGCGGUUGCAGUGCAUAUCAUCAGGCAAGGCCAAGUAACACCUGGCAAUAGUGUUGUGAUUAUGGGAGCCGGGCCAGUUGGCCUUCUCUGUGGAGCAGUUGCCAAGGCAUUUGGUGCAAGCAAAAUUGUCGGUGUCGAUAUUGUGCAGUCAAAGCUCGAAUUUGCGAAGGAGCUGGCUUUCACACAUACACAUCUAUCUCAAAGACUUUCGGCCGAAGACAACGCGACGGCUCUACUUGAGAAUUGUGAUCUUGGACAAGGCGCUGACGUUGUGAUCGAUGCAAGUGGAGCAGAACCUUCUAUUCAAACGAGCCUAUAUGUCGUGAAGACUGGAGGUGUGUAUGUUCAGGGUGGCAUGGGCAAAGCGGAUAUUGCAUUUCCUAUAAUGGCGAUGUGCCAAAAGGAGGUCACAGCAAAGGGCAGCUUCCGAUACGGGCCUGGUGACUAUCAGUUAGCUAUUGAACUUGUUGCUAGUGGUCGAGUUCAGGUCAAGAAGCUCAUCAGUGGUGUGAUGGAUUUUGAUCAGGCUGAAGACGCAUUCAAGAAGGUCAAGCAGGGACAGGUGGUGAAGAUUCUGAUUGCUGGGCCUAAUGAGCCUGCGCAGGCGAAACUACACCCAGCGCUCAAUGUCAAUGGCGAGGAAAACGGCGCAUAUACCGGGAAUGGGAGCAAAGAUUAUUUUUUUUAA